AUGCUUCACCAAAAGUACUAUAAGGAGUACGGCUUGGCUAUUGAAGGCCUGACACGCCACCACCAAAUUGAUCCUCUUGAAUUCAAUGAAGAAGUGGAUGAUGCCCUUCCUCUGGACAGGAUCUUGAAGCCCAAUCCCAAGCUGCGCAAGCUGUUGGAGAGCCUCGACACUACCAAGGUGAAACCCUGGCUACUCACCAAUGCCUAUGUCAACCAUGGAAAACGAGUGGUCAAGUUGCUAGGAGUGGAAGACCUUUUUGAAGGUAUCACCUAUUGUGACUAUGGCCAGUUACCGUUGGUUUGCAAACCCAGCCAGGAUAUGUAUGCCAAGGCAGAGAAAGAGGCCUGCGUUCCCAGUACGGAAUCGUGCUACUUUGUUGACGAUUCGCACCUGAACUGUACACAUGCCCAAGCCAGGGGGUGGACGACAGUUCACUUGGUGGAACCGGGUGUCACCAUUCCACGUAUCCCUGCCUCUAAAUAUCUGAUCUCAAGCCUGGAGGAGCUUCGAACCCAUUUCCCUGAUAUUUUCAAAUCGCAGGGAAAUGACACUGUUUAG